GGAGUUCUCCCACGAUUGACCUCCCUGCGUCAAGUGAAUUUUUCUGAAUGUGGUCUCAGUGAAAAGUGUUCACAGUUGUUCUGCAGUGGAAUUUAUUCUGCAUUGACGGCAAAAUCCAACAGUGGAGCAAUACCGAGUUUAACAGAGUUAAACUUCUCCACAAAUGUUUUGAAGGAUGAUGUGUCUUCACUGGUCAAUGUGGUUUCCUUGUGCACCACUCUGCGGGUCUUGGACUUAACUGAUACCGGCUUCCCGCCUGAUAAAAAUAUAUCUGCACUGAAAUAUGGAGGCCUUCAGAUAGAAAAACUUUAUCUCGGUGGAUGCUAUGCUGGGAAGAAAGCCGCUGAGUGUGCACAGCAAGUGAAGGAAUUUUUCUCGAUGGCUGUGAAUUUGUCUGUCAUCAACUUUGUUAAUACGAUAUUACCAGCAGAACUGAUGAAAGCAAUGCUUCUUGGAUUGGCUAGUAACCAACAGUUGAAGCCGUUUCAUCUGGACAUUAGUGGCACCUGUGAAAAGAAUUGUAGCGCAGUGUUGGAAGCGUGUUUAGGAGGUGUUCAGUGCAACAGCAUUUCUUUGAGGGAUAACAACUUGGAGACAGAAAUGCAGGUAAUACAGCCCACUUUCUUGCCUGUUAUCCAUGCACUUGGCAACAUCAAAACUUUACGUCGUGUGGACUUGGGUGGUGCGAAUUUGCUUGCACUGCGCCGUUCAUCAAAGCAAGCCCAUGCUGCGGUUAUCAAUAAGACUAUUCUUGAUCUAGUGAAGUUGUUCUCGGACGAGUCUUGUCUGGAGGAGUUGAUCUUGUCAGAUGCACGGCUCGGACCUCAUCUGAGUGUCCUUCUGAAUACACUCGGAGCAACAACUUCUCUUCGAUUACUUGACAUAUCCAAUAACGACUUGGGACAUUUUGGAGCGAGAAUACUAUCUAAGGCUCUUCAACUGAAUGUCUCUUUACGAACGGUUGUAAUCGACAAUAAUCACUUGGGCGUUGAGGGACUGAGCGACAUAGCAACAGCGCUGAGCAUGAACAAGACCCUCACUCAAAUACCGUAUCCCGUUCAAGAUGGAGUAGACCCUGGAAGUUUGGAGAAAUGGGAUGGUUUUGGAGAUAUCCUAAACAGUACGAUAGAGGAAGCGUUUCCACAUCGUUUGGAAGAUAUGGUAGAGGAUUUCGUUGAACAG